CAAACCGUCACCCCACUAAGAGAGUGUAACUCGCAGCUGCCCGUUAGUUUAGUUGAGCAACAUCCAGGUUCCUGCAGCCAAUACGUCUCUAGACUGUACAUGUCCCUCGUUACUGCCUUUUCAAUGACUAGGUGACUCAGCCAGCUAAGGUCACAGUUCCAUUCCCCGUCAAUCAUUCUCAACUUGCUUGAUGUGACAUUUGUCAUAUGCAACCGCAACAGCCUGCUCGCCGCUCAUCAAUAUUCGGCUCUAAUUGUUGUUGACGAGAGAGAAUUCUCAGUUGAACUCACAUUCUGGGUCGAAGAUGGCAACGCACACAGCUAUGGCGCAAGGCAGUGAUGCCGUGAUGAGAAACUCCCUCGAGCAGCGCCUUGGAAUCAUUCACUUUGUUUCUACUAAGGAACACGGCUGGUCCGGCCACCUUCGUACCAGAUAUACCGACUUCCAAGUCAACGAGAUCACCAAAGGUGGCGAGGUUGUUCACUUAAGUGAUUUUCAUAGCAAUUCUCGAGAGCUAGCGCGAGCUGCAAGUCAAAAUGCUGCUACGCCAACUAGCACCCAACAAUCUCAACAGCCCGAUGCGCCAAAAAGGGCACAAAAGGGAAACGGUACCGUCAAGGGUGAGCAGCGUAUCGCUGAAGAGAAAACAGGUACUCCGACCGACGAGAUCCCUAAAGAUGGCAUUCCUGAGUCAGAUAAAGCUACCUUGGUAGACCUCAUCGGCCAGGCUACUGCAGAUGAGCUGAUUGGAUUUUAUGAAAAGAUCUUGCAAAGUUCAAAGACAACUUCCAAGGGCCCUGGGGACGUCAAUAUUCCUUCCAUUAGAGAUAAAUCUCAACGAUCUCGUGUUCAUGGAGAAAUUCGCCGCAUAUUUGGUGGUAAAAUCGAAACUACCACUGGCCCUGAUGACUCUAUCAAAGCCACGGCCGUCCGUGGAGGCAAUAGGCAACGAGGAAAUCGAUCAGCAAACAAUACUAGGAACGGCCGCCAGAACCUUACUCAGGAGAACGCUGGUCCCUAUCUCCAUUUCUCCCUUUACAAGGAGAAUAAAGAUACCAUGGAUGCACUGAACCACAUGGCCAAGACCCUCAGACUUCAUCCAAAGGCGUUUGGAGCUGCGGGGACUAAGGAUCGCCGAGCUGUUACCGUCCAGCGUGUGAGCAUCAAAAACCGUAGUCCUAACUCGCUUAUUGCCGUCAAUGAGCGAAUCAACAAUGUCAAGAUAGGCGACUUCAAGUACGAGCAAGAUCCUAUCCGACUCAAUGAUCAUGAUGGAAAUGAGUUCGUUAUUGUCCUGAAGAACUGCGUAUUCAGCGGUACUGAGGCCCUCAGCUUCGAACAAAAGCUUAAGGUGGCAAAUUCGACUAUUGACUCAGCUCUAACACAACUUAUCCAGCGUGGGUUCAUCAACUACUAUGGAACUCAAAGGUUCGGUACACAUCAAAUUGGCACUCAGGAAGUCGGCAUGAAAAUCCUGAAGGGGGAUUUUUCUGGUGCGGUCCAAGCUCUUCUAUCGUACGAUCCGCUCUUACUUGGUAGCCCCCAAGACCAAGAAAGCGGCAAAGGUGGCUAUCACAAGGAGGAUAUCAGUCGUGCUCGAGCUUGCUCGGCCUUUUUAGAAACAAAAGAUGCCGGAGCCGCGCUCGAUCACCUCCCACCGCGAUGUCACGUCGAGAAGACUAUAAUUCAACAUCUCGGCAAAAGUCCAACCGACUACGUUAGCGCACUAAUGUCAAUCAAUCGCUCUAUGCGUACUAUGUACGGCCACGCAUAUCAGUCUCUUGUUUGGAAUUUUGUUGCUAGCAAACGAUGGGAACGAUACGGGUCCGAAGUGAUCAAUGGCGACCUUGUCCUGGUCAAAUCCAAGUCGGCUACUAUACGUACAGAUGACGAAGAUAGAGAUAGAGAAGACUCGGUAGUAUGGGGAGAUGACAUCACUACAAGCCGAAAUUCCGGUCUGGUACCUCAUGCCAUCACCGAGGAUGAUCUUCAAGACAGGAAAUACUCGAUAUACGACGUUGUCUUACCUUCUCCAGGCUGGGAUGUCACUUAUCCACCCAAUGAAAUUGGAGACUACUAUUUUGAAUUCAUGGGCAAGCCUGAGAAUGGCGGCUUAGAUCCUUAUGACAUGCGUCGACCGCAGCGAGACUUCAGUCUUCCGGGCUCCUAUCGAAAGUUAAUGGGCAAACUGAAGAGAGUCCCCACAGCAUCGGUACAGGCAUACUCCAAUGAUCUAGAACAGCUUGUGCCAACGGAUCUAGAUAUAAUUUUAUCCCGUAAAGCGGAUGAAGCGAAAGAACGCGAAUCCCGUCAACAAGGCGCUGCCACGGAAUGGCAUGCAUUCACACAGAAUGUUCAUCAAAACGAGCUAGAGGAGUCUAAAGCGAGAGUCACCCACCGCCAAACUGAGGAUCCUAUGCCAUCUGCGCGAAUUAAUGAUACUUGGGUUCAAACAUCAGUAGAUGGUAGCAACAAGCGCAUUAAGAUUGCGAGACACGCCGAUAUUUGUAAUGACGAUGAUCCGAUGCAAGUUGAUGAUGAUACAGCAGGUGAUAACCCGGCGAAGUUCGAAGCGAAUACAACUGUGGUUGAUCGUCAAGAUGCAGUGGAUGGAGGAGUACAAGACCAGCAACCGGCCUCCAAAGGUCUUGCUUCCUCAAUCAUUGCAGCAGUAACAGCACAGCCUACCACCGAUGGAGGCCAGCCACAGCCAGCUGAAAUACCGCCAGAACCACGCUCAACUGAUGGCGCGGUCACAGCCUCAGGACCAAUUGUACAAACAAUUCCCACGCCCAGCUCCUCCGGCCCCGAAAUCGACACUGGUUCAAGUCAAGCUAUUGCGGCACCCCUGCCGUCAAGUACCAUUGAAGACUUGCAACCAGAACUUAUUUCAGAAGAUUCUACUUCAACUGCAGCAGUAGAGAAGGUUGAAGCCACAAAUACCGGCACAGUUGUUCCUGCUGACCCUAUCAACCCCAACAAGAUUGCAGUCAUCUUGCGCUUUGCUCUCGACACGAGUCAAUAUGCGACAAUUGUAAUACGAGAAUUGCAAGGAGCAGUCGUGACUAGCAAGGGCUUUGCCCAAAAGUUGUGAAUUGGCCUGACUCAAUAGUACAAACCUUGCCAGUUUUAUUUAAGUGAAAUAUACAGCUUGCUGAUAGCCGAUCGCUUGCUUGUAUAGCCAGACUAUUUCCAAAUUGUCUCGCUUCCUCAAAGCUUUCUUUACGCAAGCAGUACAGAACGGACAGAUAACGAUCUCAGGGCGAGAAUAUCCCGUCAAAAUAACGAUGAUGCGCAAUCGAGGCAUUGAGAGAUUAGCUCGACCCUUGAGAAACAGCCUUUUUCCGGCCAUAAAAAUGGGGUUACAUAAAGUUGUUCCAAUACCAACCAGCCGUUCUUGUCGUCUUUUAUUACCCCAUAAUUUCCCGUCUGCUAGGAGAAGAAGCUAAAACGGACCCGAUGUACAAGCCGCUGGGAUUGAUCAAAUUUGCAACAAGCGUAAGUAUAAGUAAAAAAACCAGGUAGAUAGAUGAGAUACCCAAUUGCUACAACAAGAGCUUGAGGCACAACUAACCUCACAUGUCUGACAUCAGGCAUUAAUGCACGAAUGGACAUCGAAAUCAGCAAGGUGAGCCGUUUCAGAGCAGCUCAUGGCUUGACUAGUGUUCUCCCAAAAAUUGAAGGCUACCGUCCGUUGCAUGAGCAUAGCCAAAUACUUGUAGAAUUAACGUAUGAUACGCAAGACUUCUACAUAUGCAAACUCAAUCUCCCGA